GACAAGUUUAAAGUCGUUGCAAAUAUCACGCAAGGAUCACAUGAUCAACCUCAUUGUACUUAGACUAAAGUUGUUUACAUUUUUUCUUACAAGAAAGGAUCCAUUUUUUCAGUGUUUCUAGUGUGUUAUAUUUAAUAAUACUCUAAUUUUAUCUUCUACAGUAGUGUAAGUUCUAGCGGGUGUCAAUGGAUUUGUUUACAAAAAAAGAAAAUAAGGACUUACAACGCCCAAGAAGAAAGUGGUUUAUAAGUAUCGGUGGCACGUUUUACGACAUCGGAUUUGGGGCGAGAAAACAACUCGGUUAAAGUCUAAUAUCGCCCUGGUACGUUAAAGUAUGUUAACCGUACCCGACGUACAUGUACCAAUCACCCGACUUUCAUAUAAUUUAAUAAUGUUGACUUCUGGAAGAACAAACUACAAAAUGAAAAGGACAUGUGUGGUUCUCAUACUAAACCACGUACUGUCUUGUGUGUGCGGGAGACAUUCAGAACAAUAUAUCCAAAGCUUUAAAGAAGUGUGUCCAUAUAACAAUAUCUGCUAUGAAAAUGCAUCAAAGUUGAAUACAGAUCCGGAUGUGAGCCCGUGUUGCGAAGAGUGCUCCUGUGAAGCUGACUGCUACUCGUUCCAAAAUUGCUGCCCCGAUGCGAUCACCUUUGACGCCCUAGAUCAACCGCCCAUUAUCCCCUGUGUACCCUGGUAUAAUGUGUACGGCAUAAAUGUUACCCUCGACGACCCUUCUGAACAAUAUGGCUACAGAAUCAUCUCCUCAUGCCCUCCUGGAAAUAUUUUUCAUAAAAGCACGGAGCUGUGCGGAAAGGCUUCGCGAUCCCUCGACAUCAUAGUCUCUGAUUCCACAGGGCGGGUGUACCGUAAUGAGGACUGUGCGCUGUGUAAUGGAGUUACCACGUUCACGAGGUGGGGCAUACGUAUACUAUCAUGUGACGGCUUGUUUUUCCAAACGUUCGACUCUCUGGAAGACCGGGACAACUAUGCCCGUAACCAUUGUUCGAUAGUGGCUGUCCCACCAGAAGAGAAAGUCAAUCGAUGCGUGCUCAGGCCAUAUCGACAAUGUGCAAAAACAAAUGACGUAGAUUCUGACCGAGAGGAUGCCUGUAUUGAUAACGCUAAUAACAUAAUAAUAUAUAGACAGUCUACUAAAACGCUGAUUGCAUAUGCUAACGCAGAUUGUUACCUGUGUAAUAAUCCACUUUAUGGAAAUAGCAAUAUUAACCACUUAUGUAACGUCAAACACUUUGGAGGCAAGAAUACGGGAUUAUUUAAAAAUGGGAUGAUAACCACACUUAUUGACUACCAAAAAUCGGUUAACACACACCAGCAGACGGGUGAUAAAUAUUGUAAGGUGACAGAAGUCUACGAUUACAUGACGAAACAAUGCCGAAAGCUCAUUUGUCCACGAGGAUCAAUGGCGUUCGAUGGUCAAUGUGUGAACUUAGUUAAAAUGACUGGUAUGACACUUUUCUUUAAAGUUCCUUCAGAACUAACGUAUGUACAAUUAGGCAUAUUGACAUCAGGUGACUUUCUGGAGUUUGCCUCGAUUCUUGAAGAGUACGUCUUAACGGCAUACAAUAUUUCCUGUGAAAUGUGUCGCAGUAGUCGAACAAGUACGGGCUCCGCAAUGAUGCGUUUAGCGGUAAGUUCCACGUGUCCAAUGGAAACUUUACACAAAAUUGCGAGGGAAAUGUCAACGAGGCUGACAUAUCUUAAUGUGACCAUCAGCGGACGUCUAAUAACCGUGCCUGUGUUUGCCGAUGUAGCAGUGUUCGGGCCCCAAGUCAAGCCGAUUGUGACGGGUUGUGAUCAGGUUUAUUUUGUGGCCGGUUUGGCUUUUCCUGUGCACGAGUGUCCGAGUGUACAGUUAUCCUUUGCAGACAUGAACAACGCCGGCAUUGCAAACGCUGAAAUGAACAAACUGACCUUCAGCGAUUGUAUUGGUAUGACGUCAAAUGAUUCGACCCUGAUUAACAUAUCGUACUUUAGAAACUUAACAUAUCACUGUCCUCCAUCAGAUCUCCAAACAAAUGCAUCCAGGGUAUAUAAGGUCUGUAUUAAUUCGUAUUUCAGGCUGCGAACUACGUCCUCGUCUUCAAAACGGUUUGAUUUGCUUUACUUUUCGAUCACUGUCUUCGUGAUGUUUUACCUUUGUUUGUUUAUUUAAAUGUGUAUCUAAAGGUGGUUAUGUAUGUAAGAACAUGCUUAAAAAUGGGUUAAAAUCGCAAAAGCUGUGUAAUGACUUUUCGCGACCACAGCUGGAAUCAUUUUAUUUGUUGAGUCCUGUUAUAUUGAUACGUGUUUUGUCCUGUAUUGCUAUUGUGGCAAUUGACACCGUGUCUUAUAUUAAAGGCGAUCAGAUGGCAUCAUGAUGCCAUUAAGUUA